AUGAACGACACAUUGCACGAUGUAUCUCUCCUUCGAACCGACUGCGACCAACUGGCUUUGUCGGCGACUCUUCAGCUCCAGAUCACGGUUCUCCGCCUUGCGGAGUGCCUGCUACAGGCAAGUAUGCCGCUCCAGGGUGACACGACACACAAACACCGUACAUUUCUACUGAUUCAUCAUCCUCUGCUGCUCUCUCCGAUACCUCUUUUUAUCUACUUUUCCUCUGGUCAAGUGCAGCUCCUCUUUUCUCUCCAUUUUUCUACCUUGGCCUUGGCAAACGGCGAGUCGCAUGCUUUCAUUUCGAGUCGUUUCUUCCAACAUAUUCCAUAUCCAUAA